AUGGAGAAGGAAAAAAUCACCAUGAAUUCCGGUGUUGCCGCUGCUAAUCUUCUGCGAGCGCUCCAUUCUCUCUAUCAGCUUGGUCACUUCUGUGACGUGACCAUUCGCACAGACUGUCCUGGAAGCCAAGAGGACUUUUUCGUUCACAAAGCUGUCCUGGCAGCUUCCAGCAACUACUUUAAAAGCUUGUUCCUUAGCGAGGAGACAUUGAAUGCCAAGAACUGUAGCGUGACACUCCAGGACAUUCGCACUGAAGAAUUCGUCACCUUCCUAAAGUUUGUCUACACGACCGAAGUAGAAAUUGAAGUGGACAAAGUGCACCGCUUGAAGGCAGUGGCCAAAAGACUGGAAUGCAAGGAUCUGCUUGAUGCCUUGGAAGAAACGAGGGCUGGGGGCCCAAAGGAGUCGGAUUUGAGUGUUCAUUUAAGAAGACCUGAAAAGUCUCUGUGGAGCCCGGCUGAGCAGGAAGGAGACCAGGAAGAGAGCGAUUCGUCCCAAAUUUUGGCCACACCAAUGAAGAGAAACCUUUGGGACAGAAAAAACUGUGUAAAAGUGUCAACUAGCUAUGACUUCCCUGAAAGUAAAUGUGGACAGUUGAACAAAGAUAGGGUAACUCUUGGUGAGCCUGAAGAUGAAAAAGCAGCGUCACCCGGACACUACAAAGGAGAGAGACCCGAUGCUCUCGAUGCAGGCAACGUCGCCCAAGAAGAAGGUGAACCUCUAAAUCAGGUGGACUCAACCUACGUAACGACCAAGAUGCUUCCCGGCCAGAAGGAGGGUGAGAGCAGUUUGAUUCUGAGUGGCACCAAGCUUAGAAAAUUGCCACGUGGCAUGUCCAAAGUCCUGCCACAACCGCACACGUGUGACACGUGUGACCGCUCCUUCCGCUUUGCCAAGCAGUACCAGUCGCACAUGGAACUGGAGCACGGCCUGAAUCUGGCCGUUGAGCACAGCUGCCAUGUGUGUGGCCAGCGCUUUGCCAGCCGCCAAAACCUGAAACAGCACCGGCUCACCACUCACGAUGACGAGCGACGCUUCCCCUGCCUGCUGUGCGACAAAAAAUUUCAGUGCCAGAAAGAUGUCAAUGACCACGUCCGGAGAGUGCACGAAAAGAAGCAUAAUCCUCAGCGGUGCCCCUACUGUGACAAGGUUAUCAGCUCCAAAUGUGGCCUGACGGUUCACAUUCGCACACACACAGGAGAGAAGCCUUAUAAAUGUGGAGGCUGCCCGGCCAGCUUUGCUCAGAGGUCGACGUUUAAUACUCAUGUCAG